AGAGAUGGUAUGAUUUAGUGGUGUUCGACCUAUUUCUCAGUAAAAGUAACGGCGCAUUACAGGAUUUAUUAGUAACCGGAAAAAAGCAGAAACAUGCCGGCGAUCGAAGAGACAAAACCUAUCAGCUGGGCAGAGCAAGUUGAAGCCGGUGAGGACGGCUCUCUGCCUCCAGCAACUGAAGAUUUUGAUGAACAGAAUAGCAUCAAGACUAUCACAGAGUACAAAUACAAUGAUGAUGGUAAAAUGGUCAAGGUGGUUAAGACUUACAAAGUUGAGAAAAGAAAAGCAGCCAAAACAAUAGCAAGGAGAAAGAACUGGAGGAAGUUUGGUGCUGCAGAAAAUGAUCCACCUGGUCCAAACCCUGCCAACACAAUCGUACAGGUGGAGGAGAUCAACAUGCAAAUCAUUCUCAAUAAAGAGAACAAGAACCAGGAACCAGAGGAAGAUCCACUGGCAAAGUUGAAGACCCAGAAGUUAGUGUCAUGUCGUAUCUGUAAAGGUGACCAUUGGACUACUAAAUGUCCCUACAAGGAUACUCUUGCUCCCCUUCAGGAGACAUUGGAAGGAGAUAAGAAAAAGCCAGAUGAGGCGGGAACCCCGGUAGCAGCGGCGGCGGCGGCUGCACCUGCGGCUGCAAAUAAACCUGGUGGUAAAUAUGUGCCACCAAGCAUGAGAGAUGGUGCAGCUAAAGGUCGUGGUGAGACCAUGAAGUCUAGUAGAGAUGAGUCAGCAACUAUAAGAGUUACAAACCUGUCAGAAGACACACGUGAAUCAGAUCUGCAGGAGUUGUUCAGGCCAUUUGGACCAAUACAGAGAAUUUAUUUGGCAAAAGAUAAAAACACUGGACAGUCAAAGGGCUUUGCUUUCAUCAAUUUCCAUAGAAGGGAAGAUGCUGCACGUGCUAUAGCUGGUGUGUCAGGAUUUGGAUACGAUCAUCUUAUCCUGAAUGUUGAAUGGGCAAAGCCAUCAGGGACAGCGUAGACAAGAUCAGGAAGCAACAGUUCUACAUUUAUACAUUCUGAACUUUAUUAGACAUAAAUUAUGUGCAAAAUUAAUUUAAAAAUGAAUAAAAUUACAGUAAAGAGAA